AUGGUAAAGAUCACGGCAGUAAACAACUCUCAGCAGCAGCUAAUACUACGUGAUAUAGACACCAUGACAGGUUCUUUAAAAGAACAGCAGAAACAAAUAAGAAGCUCUAUAGAGAACCUUAAGGCCCUUUGUGACAGAACUGACCUCGAUCAUGUUAAACAGGUCAAUAAUCUGAACCGCAAUUUUAGAAAAGGAAUUAGUGAAUUGCUUCUUGCUCAGGCAAACUAUAAAAGAGAUCUUCGCCAUCAAGCAAUAGACCAGUUUCAUAUAGUGAAUCCUGAAGCAACUAAUGAAGAAGCCAGAGAAUUUGUAGAAAAUUUUGGUACAGGGCAAGUGUUCACCACUUCUUUAAAGUGCGGAGUAAGAAAUGACGCUACAUAUAUCUAUCAGAAUGUCUCCGAUAGAUGGAAAGAAAUGCAGAAGAUAGAAAAGUCAGCAGAAGAACUAAACCUUUUGGCUUUAAAACUACAUGAUUUAACCGUUGCACAAGAUGCUGGAUUUGACUCUGCCUUGGAAAGUAUGAAGAAAAGUUCUGAAGAUUUGGAAAAAGGUGAUCUAAGUAUAGUUGCAGCAUCGGAGAGAGCAAGUAAGGGUCGCAAAUGGAACAAAGUUCUCGUUAUCAUUUGCAUAUGUCUUGUGUUUAUAGCAGCAUGUGUAGUUGCAGGAUUAGCUAUACAAUUAAGAUUAUUAUAA